UUAUAAGCAUCGCCAUUUUGUGUAGAAGAAAAAAAUUAAGAAAACAAAGUUUUUACCAAUUUCAUUACCGAUGAAAUAAAAUCAAAUUCGAUUAAUCAUGUCUUUCCCUGUGAAUUAAAUGAAUUAAAUUAAAGUGCAAGAAUAAUAAUUACAGGAUGCCAAGCACCCAUAUACUUUUCUAGCGUAUGUGUAUGUUGUAACAAUGCAUCCUUAGAUUGAUAUGUACAUAAUGUAUAUGUGUGUGUAUGCAUGCAUUUAUGUGCAUAAGACCACUAUUUGGAAAUGCAUAUACAUGUGAAAUUAAACUUGUUUGCUGGUAGAUAUGUAUCUACAUAUGUACGCACAAAUCUGUUAUUAUGUGAAUGCGCAUUUGAAUGCAAAAAAUACUGAACUUUAAAAAAUAUAUGUUAUUUUACAAAUAGAUUUAUAGACUUAUGCGAUAAUAAAAUGAAACGAACAUUAAUCAAUGCUAUACGAAUGUUGCAUCGAUUGCCUAUCAAUUAGUUUGGAAGUUUGGAUAUAUAUUAUUCCUACAAUAUAGUGUAAAGAUGACAAUAUGUUUUAGAUUGUUUGGGCGUCAUCUAAGUAUACCAAAUACAUCGUAUAUUUUAACGGCCCAUUUUCGACAAAAGACUCGAUUUCCACAGAGACCUCACAUUUUCAUUCACCUUUGAUCAUGAUUAGUAUUGCUAGAUUCAAAGCAAAAGUGUUGUAUAUUCCCGAAAGUGAAAUAUAAUUUAUAAAUUAAAUGGCUGGAUUAGAUUACAUCAAUAGCGUUUGGUCUUCAAUAUUUUGAACAAAUUGGCAAAAACGAUGAGCGAAGAAAACGAGACUAACAGUUGUAGUAAAAGGCAACUCCGUGGCUUGAAAAACCAUUACAUCCUGGCAAUGCCACCAUCCUGUAGAGCAAACUGUGAAAGAAUCAAAUACAAUAUGAAAUUUGUCUUAAUAAUUUCAUUUUAUCUAAUAUGCUCAACGCAAUGCAUAUUAGUUGAAGAGCACAAAACAGCUUCGGAAGAAUUGCUAAUGGCAAUUUCAUCACCUAAUAACAAUACAAACAAUAGUUCAACUUUCUCUAAUAAUGGCAUGAAUACUACCAAUAAUAUUGGAUCAAAUGUCAUUCAUUCAUCACCCGGAGUAGGAUCGAAAUCAUAUUUGGACAAAUUGGACAAUAUGGAACGGAGUGUAGCGGCUGUGAUAAUUAAAGUCGCUUAUGGUACAACUUCAACAACCAAACGGAGUAUUCCGGACAACAGCUAUGUUUUGGGGUUGACCACUGUUGCAACACCUCCUUUAACCACUCUCCGGUAUCAAUUGGCCCACCAUAAACCACAAAUUACGAGCAACAGUCGUCAUAGGAAUUACGAAUUGGAUUUAGAAAGAGAUCAUGCGCUUCCUACAUCUGCGCCAAACGCCGACAUUUUGAAGAGCAAUAAUAAUCCAACAUAUCCAAAUCCAAAUCGUCAUCAUAGCAGUAGUACCAAUAAUCAUGACAGAGAUCGACAUCGACAUACAAUGCAAUAUAAUUCAACACCGAUGCCAUCAUUUCCGAAUUUAUUAAAGAAGAACCACCCAAAAGGACAGCCAACAAUACCUAUGUACCCAGGAGAUAUACCAUCGUAUUCACCGCCGUCCCGAUCAUUUUUUACUCCUCCAUUGCCGCCCGAAUAUCAAAAUCCAUUCGCUGAUAAACCAACACUGCGAGGCACCAACAACGAAGGUUUGAUUGCCGGUAAUACUGUUCAAUAUAAUAAUCGACGUCCUAUUCCACCUCCAAGUUUGACGCCUGGUCAUGAGAGAAUACCAUUUCGUCCCCCAGAUUUAACUGGUGAAUCAAAUGUGAAUGGACAUCCAAAUAUUAGUUACUCAAGCCAUAUUCUAGACGUGAAGAAGAAGGCAAAUGCUUCAUCGAAUACUGAAUUUACAGGUGAUCGCAAAAAAGCACUGAAUACGCCAUCCCGCAGCACCAGUAAUGAGCAAGAUAUUGCAGUCGAAGCAACAGACAUUAAUCAUAAAAUUAAUACGCAUAUUGAUCACAAAUCAAGCCAAGAUGUCAGUGAUGGCAAUGCGAUAAAGCGGCAAGAAGUGUUGCCAAAUAUACGACGAAUUCUUGGUUCAAAUGGCAAAAAAAGCGAUAUACCAGCAGUGUUGUUACGCCAGGUGACUCAGCGUCCCAUUGUCAGCUACCAAAAACCGCCAGCCUCGGCAAUUGUUGCUGUGACGGCAAAUGAACAUACAAAUAUUGAUGAAACCACUAAGGAAAAGAAUAAUAAUGAUGAAUCUACGAAUGGUGCUGGCUCAAAUAUUAAUAAGAGUAAGCAAAUGGAUCACAAUGAUUUUGCAACUCAUGAUUCAUUUGCUAACAAUAUAAGCAAAGUUGGAGUUACCACACCAUCUGCGGCAGCUGCUGCCAUUGAUGAUGCAGUUGCCACAUCUUUCACAUCAGCGACAAUGCAGCAAGCGAAGCCAACAAUAACCGCAAAAGAUGUUCCACGAAAAGCAUCAUCAAGUGACGGAUCAACAGCAUCCACUGCCGCAGCUACAAUUUGGACGUGGGCAUGGCACGUCCACAUCUAUCUUUCCGUUGUUUUAUUUACAAUACUCGCAGUUUAUUCGCUGUACAAGCUGCUGACUUACAACAAAUUGACACACUUAUUUGCUCAAUCAUAUUUUGUAUACAUUCAUCUCAUUCUAAUUGCAAUUUGCAUAAUGCGAAUAUUUUAUUUAUGCUUCGAUGCAUACAAUGUACAUGGUACUUUUCAUAUAUUUGUUUCUGAGCUGUUGUUAAAUUUGCCAGCGACGUUUUUAACGGUUGCAUUUUCAGUUUUAAUUUUAUUUUUAUUUUUGAAAUCAUUGAAUCACAAAAACAAUCGAUAUUCGGCAUUAGUCCGACCUUUGACUGUAGUUGUCGGAUGUGGUGUUCACGUGUUGCUCUGUAUAACGUUGCAUUAUGUAGAAUCGUAUACUUUGCAGAAUCAUCACAUGUACUUUCAGCAGCAGCAACAGCAGCAAUAUUUUCGCCGGCAACAGCAGCAACAACAGCUCCAACAGUUACAGUUGCAACAGCAGCAUCAAUCGCAGUCAUUAUCUUCAGCAACAAUAACGUCUAUUACAUCAGGGUCAGCAAUUACAAUGUUAUCAUCAACCAGUUUGGCUAGUCCACAGCCUCCGCCUCGCGUUCUUUCACUUAUCUGCCAAAUUAUUUAUAUAUUUAUUUGCCUGAGUCUAGGUUUACUGUACCUUUAUUUAUAUCGCAUACUUAAGCGAAUACUGCGCAGUAAAUCUCAGAAUUAUAUACAUGGCUAUCAGAAUCUGUCAUAUGCUAUUCAUAUUACUAUUGCAACCGCGUUGUUAUUCGUUUUGUUGGCCACGCUGCAAAUCUUUGGCGCGGUUUGCAUCUCGUCGGUGCGUACUAGUCUUGGCGAAGUCGAUGUAGAUUGGAUGCAGUGGGGCUAUCAAUUUUCAUUGCGUCUCAUUGAGAUUGCUAUAAUUACGUUGAUUUCUUGGGUCACGGGUCUCAAGCACAAUGUGAACGGCACUAAUUCAAAUGCACCCAGCGCUGUAAAUGGCGAUGUUCAUAUGAUUGGCCACUCGGCGGUUGCUGCAGUUGGCACUGGGACUGCGAUAAGAGAAAAGCAUGGUGCCGUCGCACAUCAGCACUCCAAUGUCGCCAAUUUCUUUUUGCCAUGUACAUCAGGUUCGAGUCAGGAGCAAUUUGAAAAUGACUAUCCAACGAUUUGCAAUGCAAAUACAAAUCUACAUACAUACACAAUGCGUACGGGGAAGCUCAUUUAUGAUGAUAGCUAUGCGCUGCACUCAUUAGGUGGACCAAGCGCUGGAGUUGGUGCAGGGGCUGGAGCAGUUGGCGUCGUUGUCUCGCCGGAAUAUCAGAUGCAAGAGCCAACGUAUCAAAGACCUUAUGAUACGGGAUCUAUUCGUAGCGCUCUCAAUCAUAAUAUGAAAUCCGCUCAGACUUCACAACGCUAUCAUCAUCAUCAACAUCAACAAGCUACAUAUAUAACUACCACCGGCUAUAUGACAGAUGCGACAACGGAUCAUUAUGAGAACCCCAAUUUUGAUUUAAUAACCAACUCCUCUACAAUGGGUGGCAGAGUGGAAAUUGCUGUUCCUGGAGGCGGUGCCAGUGCUGGAAGUUGCGGUAUGAAGUUGAGCAAAAAUACUGUUAGCUCUGGGUCGGCAUCAGUAACCGGUUCUGGAUGUGGUUCAGGAUCUGGUUCAGGUUCUUCAGGUACUUCACAACAACAAAUGUUGUUAUUACAAAGUGACAGCUGUUACUCAGAGCCCCUACAAGAGAACUCUAGCUAUGAAUUCCAUAAUUUUGAGCGGCCCAUAUUUAAAGAAGAGUCCCAUGCCAGCGACGAGUGUUGGCCGGAGCGGGAUCGGGAGCGAGAGAAACACAAGAAGUGUAAGGGUCGCAAGCAAAAUAACGUUGGAAAUCUAGAGCGAACCACAUAUGAUAACCAGGAACGACGCAGUUCCAAUUCAACAAAUUCGUGUUCCUCUUCCUCAAAUAAUGGUGUCGUCGUCAGUAGCCGGUAUGCGAGCUAUAAUUCAUAUGAACGUAAACAUCAUGAUGGUAUAAGAAAGAGUGGCACUCUUAACAACAUUGUGAAUGGUUCGACAAUGGGAAUAAUGAUUCCUCAAGGACCAGCUCAACGUCAUGGAGUGAUGCAAUGCGGCAAGCGCUCCAUAAAUGGUACUCAAACUUUGAAUGAACGUUCGCAUUAUUAUCAGCGCAGUACUGCACAACAAAGCAGAAAUCGUUGCAAUGAUUUUGAACUGGCUGCACCAAUCCCAUCAACUCCGACGGCUCAAAAUGAAUUGUCCCUUAAGAAACAUCAGCAACAACAACUGCAGCAACAUUACAAUCAUCACAACUCCGAUGAUGAAGCAGAUGAGGAAGAAGAGGAGGAUGAUGAUGACGAAAUGAUGCCUGGUUGCAAUGUUGAAAGCGCAAAUUUGAUAACAAAUAAUGACAACAAUAGCAUCACAUCUAAUCCACUUACAGUCCAUCUGCAUCAUCACCUACCAAAUGUGAGCAAUGCAAAAUCCAUUCAUCAUCAACAUCAGAAUCCAUUGGAAAUGCCAGAGUUGAGUGUGAAUUUGGGAUCGGCAUCAGUAACAGCAAUGGCCACUGAUAAUUUGAUGGUUUCUGAUCAGACUUAUAGGAGAUCUCGUGCUAAUAAUGAUGACGAAAAUGUCGAUCAAUUAGGAGCUCGAACUCAUGCUAUUCACAACGUGCUGCAUCAACCAACUCAUAGCAUUCCCAGCACCUCUUUAUUGCAAAUAAAUAGCAAUGGUAUUGAUUGCUAGAGGCAUCGACAGACAGCUAAAUAAUCAGAAAUAGUUUAUAGAUUAUGCUGUAUGCGCAACAUACAUAUUUUAUGUCUGCUAAAAUUGCGUCGAUUGCCAACUGCUGCCGCUUACUGCCAAUAUAGUUAAUAUCGCCACUUUCUACUCUCUUCAAACUUGUGAUAUACAUACAUAUAUAAAGAACGAAGAAAUCUAUAAAACUAAAUAUAACAUUAAAACUUACAAGCUACCGAAUACAUUUAAAAAUAUUAGUGAAGAAACGGCAGCUUACAAUAAAUUAAUCGGUUAUUGUCAAUAUAAGGAUGAUGAAAAUGUUACAAAAUUAAAAAACGCAACAGAAAUAUGUAGUAUAAUGGUCGAGACUUUAAUGUGUACGUUUUAACAUCUUAUUCAGUACACAUCCAUUUCUUUCAAAUAUCAUACUACAUACCUAUAAAUGCGUAUUAGUUAAAAAUUAUAACAUUACAAAAAAAAAAAAAAAAAAAAAAAAAACGACAACUUAUCCGUACAUACUAAGUAAGUAAGUACUAUGUAAGUACAGAGUGUAUUAAAUUCUAUGUAGGUAUAUAUGUAUAGUAUAUAGGUUUAUUUCAUAGUUUUACAGAAAUCAAUUUAAUGUAAAUAUUAAUAAUGUAUAUUGAACCUAUUAACUUUUAAGAAUAGAAAAAUACACCUUAUUUUAACUUUGUAUUUUAUUAUCACAAAUUUAAUACAUAUUAAAAUACAUAUGUAUGAGAAUAAA